AUGGAAGUACAAGAGUCUUUCAUAAAGGUAGCAAUCACCAUAGGGUCGGUAUCUGUUUGUAUAUCUUUGAUCAAUUUCCUGAGCUGGGUAUAUAUCAUGUUUCUGAGACCUCCAAAAAAACUCCAGGAGUACGGAUCAUGGGCUAUCAUCACUGGCUCUGCUCAAGGAAUUGGGAAAGCCCUUGCAUAUGAGAUGGCUUCAAAGGGUCUCAACAUCGUUUUGGUUGAUAAAAACCAAUCAAGCCUUGAAGCUACCUGCAAUGAAAUAAGAGAGAAACAUGGUGGGAGAGCUGAGAUCAAGAGCAUUGUGAUGGACCUGGCCAAAUUGAGUGGGGAAGAGAUAGCUAAAACGAUAGAUGAAGAAACGAAAGAGCUUGAUGUUGGCAUUUUGAUUAACAACGCAGGGAUUGCUUACCCUUAUCCAAAGUUUUUUCAUGAGGUUGAUUUGGAAUUCAUGAACAACAUUAUCAAGGUGAACAUGGAAGCAGCAACUUGGAUGACCAAGGCUGUGCUUCCUAGAAUGCUGAAGAAGAAGAAAGGAGCAAUUGUUAACAUUGGCUCUGCUUCCACUGAGAUUGCCCCUUCUUUUCCUCUCUACACUCUUUAUGCUACAACCAAAGCGUACCUUAAAACGUUCUCGAGAUGCAUUAGCUUGGAAUACAAGCAACAUGGAAUUGACAUUCAGUGUCAGGUUCCUUUGUUUGUAGCAACAAAGCUUGCGAAGAUAAAGAAGUCCUCCCUGUUUAUCCCAUCACCAGAAACGUUUAGCAAAUCAAGCAUUCGAUGGAUUGGUUAUGACAGUGUUUGUGCUCCCUACUGGAGCCACUCUGUGAUGGGAUUUUUGGCCCGUGGGUUGCCCCAUGCUCUCCUCAACGUUACCAUUUUUGGGUAUUUCCUUCGUAACAGAAAGAGAGGCCAAUUGAAUGAGCUGCAGAAGAAGAAACAGAGCAUUCAGCUAUAGGUGUAUUUGAUGCAGCAUUGAAGUUG